UCGCCGCCGGAGAUGAAGCCUUUCGUCCGCGGACGCUCUUCCCGCUGGCCUUUCCUCGACGGCGUGGGCUCCCGUCCACAGCGACGGGUUAAUCAUUCAAUCAUUCGCAAGUUCAGAAAGAGAGCCCCCAUCAAUCAUUCAGCAUCUACAGUUCCGCAGUCGCUCGGAAACUCGCUCGGCUCUACAGCGAUGGGCCAAUCCAGAGCCCAUGGCAGUCCACUAUAUCCAUCGAGAGAUCCCACCCUACCCCAUUAGCUAGGUUUCCACUCUCCAGUCUCCACUCCGUGGCGGCGGCGGCUCUCCUCCUCCUGCCGGCUCGCGGAUCUCGCUUACGCGCCCGAUCUCCCUCGCCGGUGCAUCGGGCUUGGCGUGCGCAGGCAUUACGCCGUGAUUAGGCUAGCUGGACAUUGCGCCGGGAGUAAGUUUUGUGCAUCUCAUGUUUUGCUUCAUUGCUCUUUGAGUAGUGGCGCCCCAAGCUUCUCCGGAAAGAUUGAGGAGGCUCGGCCAUGACGUGAAACAAUCUCGCCAGGAGCAGAGGAAGGGGGCCAAUGGCGCCUGUGGUGACCGCUGCAUUGGGCGCGUUGAGUCCUCUGCUGGGGAAGCUCACCGAUUUGCUCGCCAACGAGUGCGGCCGACUCAAAGGGGUCAGCCGCGAGAUCCGCUCCCUCAAGAAUGAGCUUGCCGGCAUGCAUGCUGCGCUCGUGAAGUACACCAUGCUAGAGAAUCCUGAUGAGCAGGUGAAGAUAUGGGUGUCCCUGGUCAGGGAGCUGUCCUAUGACACCGAAGAUUGUUUUGACAAGUUCAUUCGACACCUCGGCGAUGGUGGGAGUCGUGACGGCGGCUUCAAGGAGUUCUUCCGCAAGACUGCUCGGCAUCUAAAGACGCUUGGAGCUCGGCGUGGGAUCGCCAACGAAAUCGAUGACCUGAAGCUUCGUAUCAAGGAGGUGAAGGAACUCAAGACUAGCUACAAGCUGGACGAUGUUGCUUCUAGCACCUCUGGCAAUGCAGCCGUGGAUCCCCGGCUGGCCGCUCUUUUUGCGGAGGAGGCACACCUUGUUGGCAUUGACGGUCCAAGAGAUGAUCUUGCCAAGUGGGUGCUGGAAGAAGAAAACAAUCAUCGCCGCAGGGUGUUGUCUAUUGUUGGGUUUGGUGGACUGGGAAAGACAACACUGGCGAAUGAAAUCUAUCGCAAGAUUCAAGGCCGUUUUGAUUGUCAUGCUUUUGUGUCGAUCUCGCAAAAACCAGAUACAAAGAAAAUCAUCAAGGAUGUGAUCUCCCAAGUGUCUGACAGCGAUGCAUUCAAGAAAGAUAUUGAGAUUUGGGACGAAAAGACAUCCAUUUCAAAGCUAAGGGAACUUCUACAAGAAAAAAGGUAUCUUAUUAUCAUUGAUGAUAUAUGGUCUAUAGUGGCUUGGAAUGCUAUCCAUUGUGCAUUUCCAGAGAACAAAUGUUCUAGCAGAAUUUUGGCUACUACAUGCAUACUGGAAGUAGCUAGCUCUUGUUGUCCAGGUCCUCAUGACCAGAUCUAUGAAAUGAAACCUCUAAGUGAUCCUCACUCUGAAGGACUAUUUUUCAAAAGAAUCUUUGGCUCAGAGAAUUCCUGCCCUCACAUGUUUAUUGAAGUUUCAAAAGCUAUGUUGAAAAAGUGUGGAGGCCUACCAUUGGCGAUUAUCAGUAUUUCUGGUUUACUAGCAAACAGACCACGUGUCAAAGAAGAGUGGGAGAAGGUAAAAAGAUCAAUUGGUUCUGACUUGAACAAAAGCCAGAGUCUAGAGGGAAUGAAAAACAUACUGUCCUUGAGCUAUAAUGAUCUUCCACCAAACCUCAAGACUGUCUUGUUGCACUUAAGUAAUUUCCCCGAGGAUUAUGUGAUUGACAGAGAAAGGUUGGUGAGGCAAUGGAUUGCGGAAGACUUUAUUUCUGAAGAGCGUGGGAGGAGCUGUCAAGAGGUUGCAGAAAGUUAUUUUUACGAGCUUAUCAAUAAAAGCCUGGUCCAACCAGUGGACAUUUGUUAUGAUGGGAAGGUGCAGGCGUGUCGAGUUCAUGACAUGAUGCUUGAACUUAUCAUUUCAAAAUCCAUUGAAGAAAAUUUCAUCACUGUGGUGAACGGCAGUCAAACUGUUUGGGGAAAUUCUCAGUGUUCUAUUCGACGUUUAUCGAUCCAGGACAUUGACCAGGAGCUUGCAUCUGAAUUGUCAAAGAAAGAUCUAAGCCAUGUCCGAUCUCUUAUAAUAACAGCAUCAAGAUGUAUGAAGCACUUGCCCAGUCAUGCAAAGUUUGAAACUUUACGUGUACUAGAUUUUGAAGAUUGUCAGAGCCUGACGGAGUCUGAUAUGAAAGGUAUGGAAAACCUGUUCCAGCUAAAGUACCUGAGCUUUAGGAGUACGGGCAUAUCGGAGCUACCAUCUGGAAUUGUGAUGCUACUUGAUCUAGAGACGCUAGAUUUAAGGGGUACAAAAAUCAUUGACUUGCCAGCUAGAAUUGUUCAGCUCACUAAACUACAACAUCUACUCAGUAGCUUCAAUCUGUGGACGAUACCAAUCGGGAUUGGCAAUAUGACAAACUUAAGGGAGAUCCCAGGCUUUGAUAUUACCAUGAGUUCAGUAGGUGCAAUAGAGGAGCUAGGGAGCCUGAUCAAUUUGAAUGCACUCUGUGUACGUUACAUGGUGCACGCAUCUCAAGAGUACAAGAGGCAUGAAGAGAUGUUAGUCGCUUCACUAUGCAAUCUUGGCGGCUACAAACUCCAGUCCUUGUAUAUAUAUGGUGGUACUUCAUAUGCAUUCGAGUUAUUAGAUUCCUGGUCUCCUCUUCCAUCUUGCCUCCAAAGAUUUGAGAUGGGCACCACCGAGUACUGUUUAUCAAAACUGCCAAAGUGGAUUACUCCAGCACUCACCAGUCUUGCAUACCUAGACAUUAAUUUAAGUGUAAUAACAGAGGAGGUUCUUGGCAUACUUGGGGAGCUGUCUGCAUUACUUUGUCUGAAACUUUAUACCAACACAGUCCAUAAAGACAGGCUUGUUUUGCCAGGCAGAGGAUUCCAAUGUUUGAAGGAGUUCCUUUAUAAACCUUGUAAUGAAGGUGCAGGGACCCUUCUGUUUGAGGAAGGGGCACUGCCAAAGCUCGAGAAGCUUGAGCUGUGGUUCUCUGUAUCAGUGGCAAAGGCCUAUGGGUUGUCCUUAGGUAUUGAGCACCUCCCGUAUCUGAAAGAUGUACGAGUUAUUCUGCAGAAGCGGGAUGCCACAUCUUCUGAAGUUGAGGCUGCAGAAGUUGCCAUAAGGAAUGAAAUGAGUCUGCAUCCCAACCAUCCCAGGUUAUCUCUCUUCAAGGAGAUGAAAGAAUGACAGGAGGGCAACUGUUCUCCUUGGACACAACCGUGGGUGGCUUGGUUGGAACGGCGUCCUGAAGCUACUAUUCUCGUUACCUGAUGCUCAAAUAAAAGUGGUCUUCGUUACCAUUGGACUCAUGAUUUUCGUUGUUUCUUUGUGUGCGAACUUGGGAUUUGUUUCAAGAGUAUUACAUUAACAAGGACUCCGUCUGUGUGGAGCUUUGUCUUUCAGGAGUUACUACUUGAUUGUAACUUAAAUAUUCAGACAGAAAUUGGUUCAGUAAAGAGUCACUCAUGACGUUUAACUACGUGGUGAUGUGCAACCAGCAGAAGCCAGAGUUCUACAUGCUGAUUCUGUCAUGGUUUGGUUAGUUGCAAAACGGGAACUUGUAACGUAAACUACUCAUGUUGUGUAUUAAGGUUUCGCUGGGCUCUUUUCCCUUUA